AUGUUCGUACAUGAAUAUUUUGAUAGCGUUUCUAAAGAUUGGACCAUUCGGGACUUUCUGGAAGAAUGUGACUUAGAAUCGUUUGAUCUGAAAAUCGAUUGCUAUACUAGGAGUCUCGAGGCAGUUGUUAAAGAAGGGGGAGGCAACAGAAAAAUAAAGGCGCAACAAUUGCUCGAUAAUUACAAGAAGGCAAGUAUAAGGGAUUGUGAAGCUUAUAUUAGAAAUGCAAUUUUAUACGUUAAGACUCAGAAUGGAAUUUUCGCUUCUGGAUCAAUUAUACCGAAAAGGGAUCGUGAAGAGGAUAAUGUUCUCGAAGGAGAAUUAGAAGACUCUCUUUUCCAAGAAAAUUCUGGUGCAAUUGUUAAUUACAAAUCAAUUAUUAACAAUAUGUGUAUCCGGUCAACAAUAGAUAAGUGGCGCGAAUCAUCAAAAUACGUCAAAGAAAUACACAAACAAGAUUUAAUGCGUUAUAACAUUAUUGACACGAUCAAUUCAUCUGGAACAAAAGCACGAGAGCUCUUCAAACAUGAAUGGGACAAUAUAAUCAGCAUCAUAAAAAAGCUUUUGAUGUCUAGACCAGAUACAACAUCGCUAUCUUCAGAUUCUGACUCCGUUUUAGCUUUAGCUGAUCAAGAUAUGGAACAAGAUGGGAAAAAUUGCCGUGACAAUUUAUGUUUAUUUCAUCAGAACACCGUGGAAAGAUUAUGCAAUGCGAUAAUGACAGAACGUGAAAAGUUACAUGCGGACGGAAAUAUAAAAUGGAAGAAGCGGUCUUUGAAGUUGAUGAAAAUGUUAAAUAUCCUGUGUUGUUUUUGUAUUGUAAUCGGAUUUGGGCCAUCAACGAACUCAUUGCAUUUCUGUGUUAUUAUAGCCGGAAGCAAUUCCCGAAUGGCAGAAAUUACUUCAAAGAAGAUCCAACCGAAUAUGAUUAUAUUAUUAGAUGAUAAUCAGCGGUGUUUUGAAAACAAAAUUGAUGUAAUCAUUUCAAUUUUGGAGCUUAGCUUAGAGUUUUCAACCUUAGAAAUUUCAAGAUUUUCAUCAAAUUUUGAUUAUACUUAUUAUGUUGGAGAUAGAAAUAAAACGGCCAAGAUGUUUAAAAUUAUAUUUAUUAAAUACUUAGGUGACUUUGAAAAAUUUAGAAAAUAA